ACACACACACUGGUAAGCAGGAAAAGCUGUUGGGUUUGUGAUUUAUAAAGCGUUAAUCAGGAGGAAUCUAAACGGGAGCGCGCAUCCGAGAGCGCGCACGCGUUCAGCACCAAGGACAGCGGAGAUCAUUGCGAGCCUCAGGUCACCGGACCCGAAUGAAGCCACACCAAAGCGACGAGACAAAAAAUAUCUUAUAACAUAAGGAGAAACGAAUCCGAGUAAACCAACGCUGUGGACUUUUUUUUAGAUCAUAUAAUCGUUAUUUUCUUUAUUUCUACCAGUUCAUUAUAUGAUUCUUUGAGGAAAAUAUCAACAGGAGCGUCAGUCCAAGAAGCAGAAUAGUGAUUGUGAUUUACAGCGUUUUCUUACAAGCAGAAAAAAAAAGACCAAGAAAGCACGCGCACAACCAGAUCACGUCAAUGUGAUCGCAUUCCUGUGCUUCACCAGGAACCCGGGUGCUUCAGGUCUCAUCGACAGAACCUGUGCAUGACAGCUCGCUAAUCCGCGCGGCUCUAGAGGCAGACAAAACCAUGCGUCUGGUUCUCUUCGCCUUUCUCGUGUCCUGCUCGUGUGCACGGGGCGGCUGCGAGCCCAAGAUCGUCAACAUCGGCGCCGUGUUGAGCCAAAAGCGGUACGAACAGGUGUUCAAGGACGCGGUGACCCAGGCCAACAACAUCUAUGGCAAAGACAAGUUCAAGAUGAACGCGAUCUCCGUCACGCAUAAACCCAACGCCAUUCAGAUGGCCCUGUCCGUGUGUGAAGACCUCAUCUCAAACCAGGUCUAUGCCAUUUUGGUGAGCCAUCCUCCUCAGUCUAAUGACCAUCUAACCCCAACACCAGUGUCCUACACAGCAGGAUUCUAUCGCAUACCUGUAGUGGGAUUGACCACUCGCAUGUCCAUCUAUUCAGACAAGAGCAUCCACCUGUCAUUCUUGCGCACGGUGCCUCCGUACUCCCACCAGGCCCAGGUGUGGUUUGACAUGAUGCGCGAGUUUCGCUGGAAUCACAUCAUCCUGAUCGUGAGCGAUGACCAUGAGGGUCGGGCAGCGCAGAAGAGGCUGGAAACACUCCUGGAGGAGAGAGAGACGAAGAGUAAAAACAGGAACUAUGAAAACCUCGACCAACUGUCCUAUGACAACAAGCGAGGACCCAAGGCAGAGAAAGUGCUCUUGUUCAGCCAAGACACAAAUCUGACAGCACUGCUACAAGAGGCCAGAGAGCUGGAGGCCAGAGUCAUCAUCCUGUCUGCCAGUGAGGACGAGGCAGCAGCCAUUUACAAAGCAGCUCGCCAGCUGAAUAUGACCGGCUCGGGAUACGUGUGGCUGGUGGGAGAAAGGGAGAUGUCUGGUAAAGCUCUAAGUGAAGCUCCAGAUGGCUUGCUUGGCCUCCAGCUGAUCAACGGCAAGAACGAGUCUGCGCAUAUCUACGAUGCAGUGGCAGUAGUGGCCCAGUCCAUUCAGGAGCUCUUUGAGAAGGAAAACAUCACAGAGCCUCCAAAAGGCUGCGUGGGCAACACGAACAUCUGGAAGACUGGCCCGCUCUUCAAACGAGUAUUGAUGUCAUCCAAGUAUCCAGAUGGCCUUACAGGCCGCGUGGAGUUUAAUGAUGACGGAGACAGGAGGUUCGCCCACUACAGCAUCCUCAACUACCAGAAGACCCGGUUGGUCCAAGUUGGUGUCUACAACGGCUCACAAGUCAUGAUGAACACGCAAAGAAAGAUCAUUUGGCCUGGAGGAGACACUGAGAAGCCAAGAGGAUAUCAGAUGUCAACACGAUUAAAGAUUGUCACCAUUCAUCAAGAGCCAUUUGUGUACGUGAAACCUACGCUGCGAGACGGGACUUGUAAAGAGGAAUACACCGUGAACGGAGUCCUGAUCAAAAAAGUGAUCUGCACUGGGCCCAAUGAGACAAUUCCUGGUCGUCCCAUAGUGCCUCAGUGCUGCUAUGGAUUUUGCAUUGACCUCUUGAUCAAGCUCGCAAUGACAAUGAACUUCACCUACGAGGUUCACCUAGUUGCUGAUGGCAAAUUUGGCACCCAGGAACGUGUAAACAACAGCAAUAAGAAGGAGUGGAAUGGCAUGAUGGGAGAGCUGCUGGGUGGCCUGGCAGACAUGAUUGUGGCUCCACUUACCAUCAAUAACGAGCGAGCCCAAUACAUCGAGUUCUCCAAACCAUUUAAGUACCAGGGGCUCACCAUCCUUGUCAAAAAGGAAAUACCUCGCAGUACGCUGGACUCAUUCAUGCAGCCCUUUCAGAGCACUCUGUGGUUACUGGUGGGUCUUUCGGUCCAUGUUGUGGCGGUGAUGCUCUACCUGUUAGACCGUUUCAGCCCAUUUGGAAGGUUUAAAGUGAACAGUGAAGAAGAAGAAGAGGAUGCCCUCACCUUAUCCUCUGCCAUGUGGUUCUCUUGGGGGGUACUUCUGAACUCUGGUAUUGGAGAAGGUGCCCCACGGAGCUUUUCGGCAAGGAUUUUAGGUAUGGUGUGGGCUGGUUUUGCUAUGAUUAUAGUUGCAUCUUAUACUGCAAAUUUGGCAGCCUUCCUAGUGUUGGAUCGGCCUGAGGAGCGCAUUACCGGCAUCAACGACCCUAGGCUGCGAAACCCAUCAGAUAAGUUCAUCUACGCCACGGUGAAGCAGAGCUCUGUGGACAUUUACUUCCGGCGUCAAGUUGAGCUGAGCACCAUGUACCGCCACAUGGAAAAGCACAACUAUGAAAGUGCCGCUGAGGCCAUCCAGGCUGUGCGAGACGGCAAACUCCAUGCUUUUAUCUGGGAUUCAGCUGUGUUGGAGUUUGAAGCCUCGCAGAAAUGCGACCUGGUCACUACAGGAGAGUUGUUCUUCCGUUCAGGCUUUGGAAUCGGCAUGCGUAAAGACAGUCCUUGGAAGCAGAAUGUUUCCCUGGCCAUUCUCAGCUCUCAUGAGAAUGGGUUUAUGGAGGACCUGGAUAAAACCUGGGUGAGAUACCAGGAGUGUGACUCCAGGAGCAAUGCCCCAGCCACUCUCACCUUUGAGAAUAUGGCAGGCGUGUUCAUGUUGGUGGCUGGUGGCAUCGUCGCCGGGAUCUUCCUCAUCUUCAUCGAGAUUGCAUACAAACGACACAAGGAUGCUCGCAGGAAGCAGAUGCAGUUGGCCUUUGCAGCGGUUAAUGUCUGGAGGAAGAACCUGCAGGAUAGGAAAAGUGGUAGAGCAGAGCCUGAGCCCAAAAAGAAAGCCUCUUUUAGGUCCAUCAGUACCAACCUGGCCUCCAACAUCAAGAGACGUAGGUCCUCCAAAGACACGCCAUAUCCUACGGACAUCACCGGCCAGCUCAACCUGUCCGACCCCUCUGUCAGCACGGUGGUGUGAACCGAGACACGAGAGCAUGAAAAAACCAAUUGCUUGACAUAAUGAGAGUGCGACAGGGAGACUAGAAAAGGAAGAGAUGGCUGGUGGAGGUCGACUGAAAUUGUGCCAGACCCACUGAUCCCUUUUGAUCAACAACAACAGCAACAACACUGUCUAAGCAAACCACAUGCUCAUUGGAACAAUAAAUAAAUAAAUAAAUAAACCAACACACAAAACACACAGUCCUGUACCCUCCUCUAUCCUCCUGCUCCAUCCUUCUCCCCAGGCCUCUGUGAACAUGCCCAGGACAUGACUGUGACACAUGAAAGAAACUGCCAAAUAAAAAAUAAAAAGCCCUCAGAGAUGAAAUGUACUGCCGCAAUACGCCCUCACAUUCCCCACACAUGGAAAUACCCAGCUUGAUUUUCCCACACGUUCUAUCCUCAUUGAAGCAUGCUCGAACCUGAAGUUAUUUAUAAACCUAUUAUAAUGUUAGUCUUCUUUAUCUUAGGCUUUGCUACCAUACUUACAUUUGAAUCAUUCAGUGGUCUCUCUCUACCUCCACUUCUUCGCAUAUUUAAAAUAUAUGUAGCUGAUUUUAACUCGAACUUUGACUAAAUUUCAUGUUUCAUUUGCAAGGAUAUUUUUUGUAUAUUGCCAAUGUAAAAUAUACCUCUAAUUGCUCUUCGUAUUGUUACUAGACUAGGCAAUAGAUUAAUGGUACAUGUAGAAUAGAUUAAAGGAUAAAUCCACAAUGGACAAUUUAUUUUCCUUAAUAAUGAACACGAUCUUCAAUAACGCUUUGUCAUGAGUUAUAUUUUGUCGACAUUUUCAUGUAAUUCAAUUGAAUUUUCUUUUUUACCACCCAGUUUGACUACCUGCUAAUAGAGCUGUAGUGGGAUUUAACCCUUCAAAUUCCAGACUUAAAAAGAGCAAUGCUUUAGUUCAUAAGUCUCUCCGGCUUUUUCAUGAUAAUAAACAUGUCAAUGCUCAUCGUUCCAUUUAACUGGCUGAGCUGAGACACAUAUAACUGCAUUUUAUUCUGGAAUCUACCACUUCUUUGUUCGAUUUCUCAUUAAUAUGAAAGUAAAUGUGGAAAAUGCUGGAGAAAAGCUCUUCCUUUUUUCCUAUAAACCUGAUCAUUAUCAUUUAUCAUCUGUAUGUAUCUUUAGAUUAUUGUCUCUGCACAACGACACCUAAUUCGCCGCAAAGAUAACAAAUAUACAGCACGAACCAACAAACUAGCACUAGAAUAUUGCUAAUAUAAUUCUUUCAGGGUGGGGCUUUUCUUUAUGCACUACUGUAAAUAAUGCUGUAGGUAUUAAUGGGGUCCUGGGACACUUCUGUCUUCACUCUGUCCAUUGCAUUUUCCCAAAAAAAAAAAAAAAAAAUCUGGAUCUGUUAAGCCAACAAAACUGUGGAUCAAUUUACUUUUUCUCUGGUUUAUUUUUUAUUCUAUUUACACUUUUUUCCACAUGCUUUUGAAACAAUAAGUGAUCGAGUCUUUUCAGAAAGUGCAAAAUGUAGCAGAUCUUUGUAUUUAUUUAUUUUUUUUAAAAGGUUUGAGACUCGACAAACAAAUGAAAGGCACCCAAAAAAAGUGGGAUAGAUCGAAUCCUGCAGCGAUUAUUACAGGGUGUUUUGAGUGAAGAGUUUUUAUUAUUCUCAUUCCGCCUAAAAUGCUCUGUAAUUAUUUCUGUAGUGUUGUGUGACGUCUUUCUACCCAAAUGGAAACUUUCAUUUUACAAACAGGAUCGUGUAUUUAUGUAAUCAGUGUUGUAUAAUGGAUGUUUAUUGAUAUCGAUGGCACUGAAAGUAAUAUUUAAUUUCUACGUUCCUUUAAUUGGUUUCAGCUUUUGUUUUCUGGGCUGAAUGAUCAACUACAGGAUGAUCAUACGUAUUUUCGUGACUUCGUACUAGUACACACAGUGAAUGGAAAUGCUAGGACACCGUAUAGCACUUUUUUUUCUAAAACAAUCUUUCCCGAGGGCUUUGAUGUGAAAAUAUAUUUUGAAAGCUGGAAAUAUUACAUAAAGUGUUUCAUUUAUUUGUUAUGAUUUGCUUUGCUGAGGUUAUAAAGUGUAGAGACUGUACCAAGUGGACGCUUGUACGUCAGAUCGUUGCCAAGCUUGUACUGUGAAAUCCCUGCGAUGCUUCAAUCUUUUGAGUUUAGUCAGAAAAAAUGGAGUACAAGCAAUGGAUUAAAAUGCUUUUCCUGAUUUAUUACAUAAGGAGAAAUUAUAUUUAUUGUGAAUGUAGUGGAAAUCCAUGAGGAUGCACUACAGAUUUGGUAAAUAAUGUGUUAACAAACAGCUAUGUAACAUGUCUAAUCUGACACAAACAUUGUGAUUUUGUGGAUCUCUAAAUUAUUUGAAUAGAUACAGCCAGGUCUUCUUGUUUUUUUAAUCACCAAAUGUGCUUUUGAAGGCCAGUCUUACUCUGUGAGAUGAUAAAAAAUAUACUGUAUAUGUUCAUAAAUUAUACUCUUAUGUGCCAAUAAACGAACUCUCUUUCUCUCUAUACAUAAAUAUACAUAUAUAUGUUGCUGUUUGAA